AUGGAUGAGAAGAAGGAGGAGAAGAAGAAGAAGAAGGAGGAGAAGGAGGAGCAAAGAGGCAAGCGGGCCGAGGCGCGCCUCAGCGUGGCGGACGGGCACCACGGAGGUCGCGCCGUGUCUGGUCGCCGCAGUAGUUCCAUCGGCUGCCGCUCGCUGCUGGGGCGCCGCAGCUCGGCGGGUCUCGUCUUCAUCACCUGCCACGACCCCGUGCGGCUGAUCGUGGAGAUCAACAGCCAGGUGGCGCUGUUCCGGGACCUGCUGAUCCACGUGGGCCAGCCCAAGGACAGCCCGGAGCUGCGCGAGAAGAUCCGCAAGCUGCGGCGCACGUGCGUGGACGCGUGCAAGCACACCAGCUCGCUGCUGCUGCCGCAGGUCAAGAGCGCGGUGGCUGAAGGAAUCCCGGCAGACAACCCGCACUUCGUGCUGCUGUUCUUCAUCAGCCAGCUGUUCCUGCGCGAGCUCGCCAAGUGCCACCGCCUGGUGCAGGUCAUCCCCAUGGACAUGUCCGGCUACUACGAGAACCGGCCCGGACCGUCCAACUUCGGCAACGUGAUCAGCCAGAUCCUGCUGUGCAAGCAGAUCACGCCCGACUUCAACCAGGAGGAGCUGUGCAGCAUCGGCAAGGACUCGCAGGACGUGAGCCGCAUCGUGCAGGAGAUGCAGGACUACAUGCCGCAGCAGGAGAACAGCACAGAGCGCAACCAGGCGCUGGCGGGCGACGACAUCCACGGCCCGUGGACCAAGAAGCGACGCAGCAGCUCCUUCUACAAGAACAUGGGCUCCUUCUGCUGCAUCUGCCGGCCCAACUACUUGUGAUAAGAGGCCCCCCUUCCCUCCCCCCUGCCAGCCCCCCGCGCCACCGGGGGACAUAGGAGCCGUGCGACAUUCCCGCUCGUUCCGCUCGUUCCGCCGGGUGUGACGGAACCUGCCGAAGACUCGGGAACCGCUCGGGCGUUCCCGGGAUUUUUUUUGAAACCGCCGAGGACGACAUCCCGAAGCCGAUGUCACGUUUCAAAAGCAUCGAUCGUGAUUUCUCCGGCGUCGGCAUUUCAGAACUCGAAAGUCAUAGACGUGCAGGUAAAAAAAGAAAAAAGAAAAUCAAAUUAAUGGAAAGCUCAUUUCCGAAAUUUCCCAAAGGCGAUUUGAAGACCAAAAUUUAUUUUCUUCAAACCGGUGAAGACCGAAAUGUUGAGAUUUUUUUUCUUUUUACUUAUUAUUUAAUAUUCUGUGUUUCGAAAUGCUUUAUAAGUGCACGUUUGACAUCGAAAUCGAGUUCCGAAAAUUCAGCACGACCCUACCUGUGGCUCCUACAGAUGUAUCGCACCUAAGGAGGUUCCCUCGUCAACUCUUUUCACUGCUGGCUAAAAGGGCCACCCGACAUACGCCCACAUAACACAUCGUGUUUCACGCUUAUAAGAAUGUUGGGUUUGCCCUCAACCAAGUACUUGUUUACCAAAAAAUAAUAAUAAUAGUCGAGUUAACUGAUCUGAGUUUAAAAAGCUGGGAUAUUUAUUUUCCUUUCAAAUAUUUCUUUCCUGCUUAAUUUCAGUUGCAAAAUUUAAGGACAUGAAUGAGUUAGCUGGUAGAGUUAACACCCUUAUCAGUUAUCACUGCAUUACGCAAAACUGCCGAAAGAAACAGACUUGGAUUCAAUAGUUUUUAGGUCAUUAACCAAUUUUUUUUAUAGUUUUACUUUUAAAAACUUGUAUCGUUGAGUCAGAGAGCAUACGUUAAAAUAUUUUCAGAGUUUGUAAAGUAGUGACUAUUAUUAAUAUUACUACCUACAGUUGUAGUGAUUAUUUAUGAACUCAAUGGUUCAAUACUGAACACAAACAUAUUUAACAUUUAGUUAGUUUAAAUGCUUUCUCUUAAUGGCGAGAGACGUUCAGCAAUUAGCGAUUAAAAAAAACCACAAUGUAACAAAUUUUGAACAAAUUGAAACUGGAAGUAAGAUUUUUGCUGACAAAGACAUGUUCAAGUUAAAAGGUGAUUUUUAUUCAAGUUGAAAUGGGCUCCAGACAAUUUGGUUACCGAUUCAGUGCUCUAAAA